UAGAUGCUGCUGCAGCUCCUUUUUUUUUUUUGCCGAACAACAGUCCGGCACUCCCUCUUUGUUUAUUUAAUACCGUUUAAUUUUUUGUGAUUUAACAGCUCUGAUAGAGGCGAGUCAAUGCGUGUUUUCUAAAGGAGGAAGGACUGAGGGCGGAACGUAAAAUUUGCGUUCGACGUCAGAUAUUAGUCGCAUCCUUUUCCCCUCGGAAGUAGCCUGGGCCCAGCAGCAGAUGCGAGGAGAUGAAGUUUUAGGUCGGUGACUCCUCCUGCGUUUUGACGUGGUUAUCAAUGGCAGCAUGCUAGUUAAAUCUGUUGACAACGGCUCAGAGCAGCAGUCUGGGCUCUGCUCAGAAUGUGGGUGCAGUUUAAGCCCUCAGCCCAAAUCUGAGUCUGACCCCACCAGCUCUCCAGCUGCUUCUGGACAGCAGCAGGAGACAAAACCCCAUGAUCGUCCUCUCAAAUGUCCACACUGCAGUGCAGGCGGAGGCCCCUCAAACGGCAGGAGACCCCACAAGCACCUGAACCCGCACAGCUGCACYGUCUGCACCAAAACCUUCAUCUCCUCCGCGCACUUGAGCCUUCAUCUGGCCUCCCACGUUAAGGAGAGGAAGUUCAGAUGCAACAUCUGUGGCAAGUUCUUCCAACAGACCGCCCACCUGGUCGCUCACAAGACCAUCCACAGCGGAGACAGGCCGUUUAAAUGCCCCGAGUGCGGGAAGACCUUCGGCCGGGCUUCGCACCUGAAGACGCACCGUCGGCUGCACACAGGAGAGAAGCCCUUCAGCUGCAGCUACUGUGAGAAGUCCUUCACCCAGAAGGCUGGGCUUCUGGCACACGUUCGUCUCCACACCGGGGAGAAACCGUACGUUUGCGAGCAGUGUGGCGCAGGGUUUCGCUCUCUGUCGCUUCUGCUCUCCCACAAGGCUCAAGAGGCCUCGGGGCACACCAAACCAACACCUGCACCGGCACCUGCUCGUGCACCAGCACCUCCUCGCGCACCAGCACCUCCUCGCACACCARCACUCAGCCAGCCACAAGGCAACACGGAAGAUCUGAAAUGCGGCGUCUGCUGCCGCACCUUCGUGCGCUCUUCUUACUUCAGACUGCACAUACGCCUCAAAAAGGGACAGCGGCCUUACCACUGCAAGGUGUGCAACAAGACCUUCGUCAAGCUGGAUACRUUCGUUAACCACUGCGAUAAACACCUGCAGCAGAAGAAGGAAAAAAACGAGCUCAAGUACAGAGUCGUGAAACCACCGCUGUUCAUCCCGCUCUCCAGAGCUACGUCCCAUGAGGCCUCACCGGCCGACCAGUCCCUGUCCUCAGAGGCGAACACGCACUCCAAAGCAAAAUCGAAGACUUUUAAGACUGAAUCGUAACGAAGAGGGUGAAAUGUGUGAAGCAGUUCUGUCACAGCACAGUAGGAUUAAUGUCACAAAAAGUUUACAAACGGGUUGAAUUAUAGAAAAAAGAGACAAAGAAGAAAUGGGUAUUUAAGCUCUUAUUUUACUUUUAUUGAAAACAAGUUUUAUUGUACACUUUUAGAAAUUAGAAAUUUUAAAAUGAAGACCUAAGAGGCCAAAAUGCUGGUCUUGGAGAACUGUUACAAAUUAUUAAAAUGUGUGUGAGGUUUUUUUUUUUCCUUUUAUAAUCAGCAUUUGACUUUAAACCAAACUGCAGCAUUUGUUUAGUGUAUUUAUUGCAUAUUUUAGUCUGUUGUAUGCAUUGUUCACUUUGAUUUUUAGGUGUAUAAAAAGUGUUAUGAUCCCAAACCGUUAGACAUUGUUAUAAAAAUGUUCUCUAAAUGACAUGUUCUGUAAGUUUAAAUUGCAGCGUACGAUGAUAUCUAAUUGUUCAGGAUAAAGUGAGUAAAAUAAACAUAAAAUGUAGA